CCCUUUGAUGUGGGGCUCAGAUCAGACAGAAGUCUAAAUAAAGAAAGAAAAUCAUUCAGUCCAGGUGCAACCUCACAACAGGGUUACAGCUGGGAUGAAUUUGGUCCAAUAUGUUUUGAAGCCUCCUAUAAAACUUCCUUUAUGGUUUGCAUACCAUUUGUAUUUGUAGCGCGAGAAAGGAUCUGAUACAGGACCUCAAGCAUAGCGAGUUCUUUUUGUUGCUUUCCUCCUUUCUGUUAUUGGAAAUACGUGCCACAGGAAGCAAGCAGCCAUCACUGAGUGUGCUCUAACUCCUGUUUUACAAAGGGAGAAGAUGGAGUUCAUCAGUAUGUUACUUUUCUUGCUGCAAGUUUCAGGUGCAGCAAGACGACGCAUUCAAGUGACUGGUGAGGUUGGAGGAUCCGUCACCAUAAAGUGUCCUGUGAAGGACAUUUCCAGUCGAAAAUUCUGGUGCAGGGAGCUCGAGACAGGGGCCUGUGGCACCAUCAUCUCCACCACUCCAUACAUCAGUGAGAAUUACAGGAAUAGAAUAUCCAUCACCGAGGCGCCUCAGGAAGAAAUAUUUCAAAUUACAAUCACAAGGCUGGAAGAGGAGGACACGGGGCUGUACAUGUGUGGGACAGGAUUUGUAAAUGACAAAGGCAGUGGAAGGUCCCUCCAAGUGGAGCUGAAGGUUUCUAAUGGGAAUGCUCCCCCCAGAAUGGGCCUGUUGUCUGCUGAACCCCUGAGACGCGACAGACCUAUUGUGGUACCAACAGAGUCUGGCAACAAAGGUGCUGACGCUCAAGGAGUCACACAACCACAGAUGACUAAUGGAGCACGGGCAAAAUAUACCUCCUAUGCUGCACCUGGCAUCAAAUUCCCUGAAAAUACCAUAAUUACGCCUGCAGACGUCAUUGGCACCACUGUUACCAAUGCAGCGUCUGAAAGUAUAACAAAGGGGAUUCCAAAGACUUCCAGGACAAUCGGCUAUGCACAUCCCAGGCAUACAAAGCGCCUCUUGAGAAGCAAUUAUGGGAAUGAUGUCUUUCAAAUCCUGAUACCAAUUCUCCUGAUAAUGCUGCUGCUUGUGGCUUCUGUGAUAAUUGUUAGAAAACAGCUACGAGGGAAGAAAGGCAUUACAAUCUACAUGUUUGGAUGUUUUGGAGAAGCAGCUUCCAGUGAAACCUAUGGAAUACAUCAGAGGUUGAGUGCGCUCGAACAUGGCCAAGGGCACAUUCCAAUGGAAAAUAUCUACAGCGUGUUACCCCGCAGGCUCGAGGGAGCUGACAGGAACAGUUCUCAUGUACCUCAUGACUCAUAUCACUGCAGAAUUGACUUAUAAGAGCUGCUGUGACAGCACAUCGGUCACCAGGCACAGCUGAGGAAGGACUUGAGGCACACACAAAGCCGCCUCCAAUCAGCACCUGAACCUUACAUGUCAAAGCAUUACUUUGAUGCUGUGACCACACUGCUCUGCAGAAGCUGGUCUACAUGCUUUCUCCACACAAAGUGCUAAUGCUAAGUUUACAAAGGUACAAUGGAUUUGCUGUGGUUGUUUAAAUGUGAUUUUUCUAGUUUGCUCUGCAGAUCGUGGUCUUGCUUUGCAGAGCUUGGUCUGUACAGAUGGUUGCCAAAACACGCAGGUUCAGGUAAACAUUAAAAGCAGAGGUAAACUUUUCCCCUCAAUAUUUAUUGACUGUGGAUGAAGAUUUCUCCUAUGCAGAGGGCCCGUGCAGGACCGAAGCACCACUUAAAUCCUCAAAUUAGGUUAAUAGACUGACGUGUUGUCUCGGUUUUGUGCUCUUUGCACAAGAAAGGAUUUCACCCUAUAAGCUCAUUGGCAUUUUGAUAUAGCAUUAAAGUUCAUCUUCAUUGUCAGCUUGAACUAGGUGAAUAUAGUUGGUAAUCCAGUGCCCAGAAAAAGAUGAAGGAGAAUUGUUUUGCAAAAAUUUCUCGUGUUUCAUCAAGUGCAUUUUUGGUGCUAAAUCUCUGAUCAGCUAUGAAACUGGAUGGAAAACAGAGUUUGUUUUUUUUCCCUUUCCAACUACUUUAUACACGUUUUUCAUUCAAAUAAAUAAAAAUGUUUUAGAGAAAUGUUUAGGGAGUGCUUAUUGUUAUUGAGACUCCGGGCCUGAUCCCAAUUUAACACUGAUGUAAAUCCAUUGACAUUAGUGAAGUUAUGUUUAAUUCCAACGCGUUACCCUUUCUGCUUAACAAUCUGUCCCAAUAUAUAUUCAGUUCCAACACUCCGCUUCCUUCCCCAGGUCUAAAGAAGAACUCUGUGUAGCUUGUACCUUCUACCAGCAGAAAUUGGUCCAAUGGAAGAUAUUACCUCACUCAGGGGAGUGUCAUUUUUAAUUUAUAGUAGUAUAAGUGAAAUCAGAUUCAGACCCUAAACUAAUAUCACAGGCCUAGAGAGGUCCCCCCGUGUAUACCCCUACUAGUGUCGUGUGGUGGGGGAGCUUAUACUGCUACGGUCCAGGCAGAAGGUAUCAUCCCAGACUACUUCACAGUGACCUUCACAGUGAUACUGGAUCCUGUUCUCUAGUCACCAUUCCCUUCCAUGACUUGGGACUCCUGGCCAGGACUAAGUAUGACCCCCACGUGGGUACACUGGACAGAAUGGGCUGUGUUAGUCUGGGAGCGAAAGACAACCACAGGGCCCAUCUGUGUCCGGUAGCGUCAAUAAGUAAUCCUCCUUAUAUUUCUCAUGGCUAAGUCCUGUCUGUUCUGAAGACAGGAGGACAAAACAGGCCCUCUCCCACUUCUCAGAUGCUGCCCUUCCCCUAACAUCUGUAAGAAAGAAAUGAACUACAUCUGUUUUGAAAUGAACUAUUAAAUUUUUAUUAGCUGCGAAAAAGCAAAGAACUUUGACCAUACAUCUUAAAUACAGUUAGACAUUUAAAAUAUUGCAAGAACAAAUAUUGUCAUUACAUCUGAUGUCAGUUUCUCAAUGACAUUAUUCACUGCUAGUAGCUUGUACAAUAUGUACAUACUGAAAAACAGACAAUACGAUCAUGCCAUAUUAGUUAUAUAAGAACAGAUACACCUUAAAUACGUUUUAUUAUAAAUACAUCUUAA